AAAUGAAUCCAAAGCAGCUUUUUCAAUUCCCAAUCAUAACGAUAACCAAUGAGAUUGGGAAAAAGAAAGAGUCAAAGGGUAUCCAUUAUUAUCCACCAAAACCUAAUCUCUCUCUCUCCCUCUCUUUUGUUUCUUCGCGUCUUUGCUUGAUAAAAACUUGCAGGCCCUCCUUGAUUCGUGGCAUUAGUAGUGCAUGAGUGGCCUUCACGAUCUCUCCACCUCUCUCUCUCUCUUUGUCGUUGAUGAUACAUUACAUAAUUUUGGAUCACCACAUGACCAUUUCCUUUCUCUCUGUUUGAACUUUCCAAAACAAACUCAUUUCUCUCUCUCUCCACCUAUGUUUUGUGUGUCCUUUUUCUUUGUGUCUUUUCUUGUUUGAAGGGUUAUCCUUUAUGGGUAUUUUUUGAUUUUGUCUUAUAUUUCCCUUUCUAAGAUUCUUUGGGUUUAUCUCUCUGUUUUUUUUUGUUCUUGGGUUUUGGAAUUUUCCUUUUUUUUUUUUUCUUUUUUUUCUUUUUGGGGUUCUCUUUCUUUUCCUCACUUGCAUGAUUACAUUUCUGUGAGUGAGAUACAUUCUGUGUGUGGGUGUUUUUAUUUUGAUGGGCUGUUGAUGUCUUUAGCCGUUGGUGUUGAGUCCAGUGCCAAAAUCAUGGGUUCUGAUGAGAACAACAGUGAGGAAGUUUCAGAAACAAAAACAGCAUCAGCAAAAUCACCUUCAGCCGUUGGAGCAGAAGAACAACAUCGAGUUGAUGAAUCUAAAAUUGGUGGCUUGAGUAGACAAAUGAGUGAGAGCUCUAUUUAUGCCACUGAUCAAGAAGAAGAAGAUGAUGAAGAAAGGAAGAUUGAGUUGGGUCCUCAGUACACUCUCAAAGAACAGCUUGAAAAAGAUAAGGAUGAUGAGAGCUUGAGGAGGUGGAAGGAACAGCUUCUUGGAAGUGUGGAUAUUAAUGCUGUUGGAGAAACACUAGAUCCAGAAGUUAAGAUCAUAAGCCUUGCAAUCAAAUCCCCUGGUAGAGAUGAUAUUGUUCUUUCUAUUCCUGAGGAUGGAAAUCCAAAAGGCACAUGGUUCACCUUAAAAGAAGGCAGCCGCUAUAGCCUGCAGUUCACUUUUCAGGUUGGGAAUAACAUCGUGUCAGGCCUUAAGUACACUAACACAGUUUGGAAAACUGGUGUCAAGGUGGAUAGCGCGAAGGAGAUGCUUGGAACUUUCAGUCCUCAGGCAGAACCUUACACACAUGAGAUGCCUGAGGAAACUACUCCAUCCGGUAUUUUUGCUAGAGGAUCAUACUCAGCUAGAAGUAAGUUCGUUGAUGAUGACAACAAGUGCUACUUGGAGAUUAACUAUACAUUUGAUAUCCGUAAAGAGUGGCAGUCAACUUAAGCUCGGACCUUUUUUUUCUCUUCCUUCAGACAUCACUUUUACUGCUAAAUCAAUUGUUUUCCCAGUUUAAAUAUGAUUUGGAUGUUAAGGUUUUCUUUUUUUGUUUUUGUCCCAUUUACGAAUCCUGUCUGAGACUGGUGCUCUAAUAGAUUAAUAGAUUGUUCCACGAGAUGUUCAUUUUGUAGGUGCGGUUAAUAAAAUAUCAAUUCUAGUUUGUUUCCA